AUGGACUCUCAGCAAGUACGACAAUACGAUGACUCAUGGGAGCAUCAGCAGAACCAGACACCAGAUCAACGACGGGCAGCCGGCGGGCACUGGGGUCCGCAGGCCGGCCAUCGAACAGUAGGCGGAGCAGCUACAGCUGCUAUAGGAAACACCCUUCGCGAUGGACACCAUUACCCUGAAUACGAGCAGCAUGCAGUGGACCCGAAUUCAACUGAAGGAGAACCGCCACACAUGCGCCAGGACGGGGUUCAGGGCGUUGGCACUGGUCCACAGGACAUCGAUACAUCGGACGCGUUGGAGGUCAUCUGCGGUCCGCUACUCAACUACAAGCGCAUGAGCAAUGCGCAAGACGACAGUCCGAUAUGGCAUGGAAGCGUUCUGGUCGUGACCAAGCCAGGCCAGGCAGAUCCGCAGCUGAGCUUGCGAUGUCUUGAGCUCCUGAAUGGCAGCAGCGACACGAGCGCGGGAAAGUCGCCCAGGUCUUUCCAUGGCGAGAAGCUCUAUGCCGAUCCGAAGAAGAUGUUCUGGCGCUUCAGGAUCGACCUGCCCAUACAGGACUCCGAAGCAAAAUGGGAGUAUCAGGUUCACCGCUUACGCAUGCCCGACUCGAGGAACGGCGACCAGGCGACGCAAUUCGUCGUCCCUUCCAAGACUGCAUCAAUGCGGAUCCUCUUCCACUCAUGUAAUGGCUUCAGCGUCGGCACCGAUGUUGAUGCUUGGUCAGGACCCGCCCUCUGGAACGACGUUCUCCGCGUGCACGCCGACAGGCCUUUCCAUGUCAUGAUUGGAGGCGGGGAUCAGAUCUACAACGAUGGCGUACGCGUGGACGGGCCGUUGCGGUCAUGGACGAAUAUUGCCAAUCCGAAGAAGAGGCGGGACUUCCCCUUUAACGAGGAGUUGCGCCAGAGGUGUGAUUCAUACUACUUCAACAACUACAUUAGGUGGUACAACCACGAACCUUUCUCUACUGCCAACGGACAGAUCCCUCAGCUGAACAUCUGGGACGAUCAUGAUAUUAUCGACGGCUUUGGAUCGUACACGGAUCACUUCAUGAGAUGCGCCGUAUUUCGGGGAAUUGGUGGAGUUGCACACAAGUACUACCUCCUGUUCCAGCAUCACAUCGCUCCGCCGAAGAGUACCUUUACCACCGACGCUCCGAAGACGAUGCACGCUGGGAUGAACGGCACGCCGGCUGAUCCGGUGCAGAUGAAGGAUACGUUCGUCAUGGUUGAGAAGGAUGAGGAUCCAUCCUACAUUAUCGGACCUAAGCCCGGCCCAUACGUCGAAGAACGAAGUAGGAGUCUGUUCUGUCAGUUGGGGGCACGCGUCGCAUUUCUGGGCAUUGAUGCCAGGACAGAGCGCACACGCCGGCAGAUCAACUACCCUGAGACAUACAACCUCCUCUUCGACCGGGUCUCUAAAGAGCUCGCCGCGAACCAGAACAUCAAGCAUCUGAUCUUGCUCCUGGGCGUACCAAUCGCAUACCCGCGCCUCCAGUGGCUCGAGCAGAUCCUGCAGAGCCCUAUCAUCGGCCCCAUCCGCUUCUUGAACAAGCGCUUCGGCCUCGCAGGCAACUUCUUCAAUCAAUUCGACGGAAAGGUAGAUCUCCUCGACGAUCUUGACGAUCAUUACACCGCGCACCAGCACAAGCGUGAACGCAAGGGCCUGAUGAUGCGCCUGCAAGCCCUGGCGAAACAGCACAGCGUCCGGAUCACAAUUCUAGGCGGCGACGUCCACCUUGGGGCCAUCGGCCGCUUCUACUCGAACCCCAAGCUCGCCCUGCCUGCCGAGCGCGAUUGGCGCUACAUGCCCAACAUCAUCUCAAGCGCCAUCACCAACAAGCCGCCUCCGGCCGCAGUCGCGAAUCUCCUGGCCCGCCGGAAUAAAAUCCAUCACCUCGACCACGAUACCGAUGAGACGCUGCUCGAGAUCUUUGACCGUGAUCCAGGCCUAGGGCCGGACGGCAAACCGAAUAGUAACGGCCACGUGAACGGGAAGGAGGUCAGCAAGAAAACGAGCGAUGGGAAUCACUGCACGAUGCCCUCGCGCAACUAUGCCAUCAUCGCCGAAAGCCACGACGGGUGGACGCCGCCGCAUCAUCACCAUGCUGCCAAUGGCACCACCAACGCCGUGAAUGGCCACGACAAGGGCAACAGCAGUAAUGCUCAGAACUCAUCCUCCAUCCUCGGAGGCGGCAAGCCGAACCCGCGGAAACCGAUCCAUGCCGGCGAGAUGGACGCGGGGACCACGCAUCCUGCGGCAACUGGCACGGCGUGCACGAGGCUGUGCGGUGCGGAUGGGCUGGAUGUCACACUGAGGGUGGAGAUCUCGCCGAGUGAUCCGCAGGGUAGGACGGAGGGGUAUGGGUUUAGUAUUCCGGCGCUGGAUGCGCUGGCUUACAAGAACCAGGGGGAGACGUGGUAG